GGAAGCUGUCUGGGUUGUGAUUCUAAGACUGUGAUGUACUCUAAAGCUGAAUGCUGACGUCAUUGUCAAAUCAGAAAUCAUGUUUUCAUGACCUCAGUAUUGAUGGCUAUCUUACGUGAACUAUUUAGGCAUUACUUUAAUUGAUAUGGAACAACCGGCUAUUCGUAUUUUGAGACGACCAUGUCCACAUCUGUCUGAGAUUCAAAAAACACCACAGAGGCCAACUGUAGUCACUAAAACUCUUGAACAAAGAGAGGCAGAUUAUGCCGCUGCAAGGGAAAGGAUUAUGGGUUACACGACUCCGGAUCCAGCUGAAGUGGAAACGAAAGAUUCAGUAGAGUCUGAUACUACGAAGAUAACGGAGGAUACUAAUAAUCUAACUUUAAAGAAAGAUUCAUGUAUCCCGACUACUUCUACUACAACGUAG